AUGGUUUUAGGCUAUCAGUUGAAACUCUCAAAAUUUUGCUCUUGUGAAUUGAAAAAGCCACCGGUCACACCACCUUUCCAGCAUGAAAUGGGAGAUGAACUUCACACUGAAUGCAUUAAGGAUGAGAAAAGCAAAGAGAUUGAGGGCAAAAUGGCUGAUGAACUGGUAGCCUCUCUUGGAGUCACCACAUUCACACUGUGCGCCCUCUGCAUCGACCGAUUUCGUGCCGCCACCAACGUGCAGAUGUAUUACGAGAUGAUCGAAAACUGCACCUCGACGACCGCCAAGCUGGCCGUCAUCUGGGUGGGCGCGCUGCUGCUGGCCCUGCCAGAGGUCGUGCUGCGCCAGCUGGCAAAGGAGGACCCCGAAUACAGCGGCAGCCCACCGGGGGAGCGGUGCGUGGUGAAGAUAUCCACCGCGCUGCCUGACACCAUCUACGUGUUAGCUCUCACUUACGAUGGGGCCAGGCUCUGGUGGUACUUUGGCUGCUAUUUUUGCUUGCCUACCCUUUUCACUAUUACCUGCUCCCUGGUAACAGCAAGGAAAAUCAGGAGGGCGGAAAAGGCUUGCACAAGGGGGAACAAGCGACAAAUUCAGCUGGAAAGUCAGAUGAACUGCACAGUGGUGGCUUUGACCAUUUUGUAUGGGUUUUGCAUCAUUCCUGAAAACAUUUGCAACAUUGUGACUGCCUACAUGUCCACAGGGGUCUCUCGGCAGACUAUGGACCUCCUCCAUCUCAUUAGUCAGUUCCUUUUGUUCUUUAAGUCCUGUGUUACCCCGGUUCUCCUUUUCUGUCUCUGUAAACCUUUCAGCCGGGCCUUUAUGGAGUGUUGCUGUUGCUGCUGUGAUGAAUGCAUCCAGAAGUCUUCAACAGUGACAAGUGAUGACAAUGACAACGAGUACACCACAGAACUGGAGCUCUCCCCUUUCAGUACCAUCCGUCGCGAAAUGUCCACUUUUGCCUCUGUGGGGACUCACUGUUAA